ACAGCAUCAUGGCAGAGCAGGUGGCCCUGAGCCGGACCCAGGUGUGCGGGAUCCUGCGGGAAGAGCUGUACCAGGGUGAUGCUUUCCACCAGGCUGACACCCACGUAUUCAUCAUCAUGGGCGCCUCGGGUGACCUGGCCAAGAAGAAGAUCUACCCCACCAUCUGGUGGCUCUUCCGGGAUGGCCUGCUGCCUGAGAACACCUUCAUUGUGGGCUAUGCCCGCUCCCACCUCACAGUGGCUGACAUCCGCAAGCAGAGCGAACCCUUCUUCAGAGCCACCUCAGAGGAGAGGCCCAAGCUGGAGGAGUUCUUUGCUCGCAACUCCUAUGUCUCGGGCCAGUACAAUGACCCGGCCUCCUACCAGCGCCUCAGCAGCCACCUGGACGCACUGUACCGGGGCCCACGGGCCAACCGCCUCUUCUACCUGGCCUUGCCCCCGACCGUCUACGAGGCCGUUACCAAGCACAUCCAUGAGGCCUGCAUGAGCCCCACGGGCUGGAACCGCAUUAUCGUGGAGAAGCCUUUCGGAAGGGACCUGCAGAGCUCCGACCAGCUGUCUGACCACAUCGCCUCCCUGUUUGGUGAGGACCAGAUCUACCGCAUUGACCACUACCUGGGCAAGGAGAUGGUGCAGAACCUCAUGGUGCUUCGGUUUGCCAACAGGAUCUUCGGCCCUAUCUGGAACCGUGACAACAUCGCUUGCGUGAUCCUCACCUUCAAGGAGCCCUUUGGCACCCAGGGCCGCGGGGGCUACUUCGAUGAGUUUGGGAUCAUCCGGGACGUCAUGCAGAACCACCUGCUGCAGAUGAUGUGUCUGGUGGCCAUGGAGAAACCUGCCUCUACGGACUCCGAUGACGUCCGCGACGAGAAGGUCAAGGUGCUGAAGUGCAUCUCCGAAGUGCAGGCUAACAAUGUGGUCCUGGGCCAGUACGUGGGCAACCCCAGCGGAGAGGGCGAGGCCACCAAAGGGUACCUGGAUGACCCCACUGUGCCACAAGGGUCCACCACCGCCACCUUCGCAGCCGUCGUCCUCUACGUGGAGAAUGAGCGUUGGGAUGGGGUGCCCUUCAUCCUGCGCUGCGGCAAAGCCCUGAACGAGCGCAAGGCUGAGGUGCGGCUGCAGUUCCGUGAUGUGGCUGGCGACAUCUUCCACCAGCAGUGCAAGCGCAAUGAGCUGGUGAUCCGCGUACAGCCCAACGAGGCUGUGUACACCAAGAUGAUGACCAAGAAGCCAGGCAUGUUCUUCAACCCAGAGGAGUCCGAGCUGGAUCUCACCUAUGGCAACAGAUACAAGGACGUGAAGCUCCCGGAUGCCUAUGAGCGCCUCAUCCUAGACGUCUUCUGUGGGAGCCAGAUGCACUUCGUGCGCAGUGAUGAACUGCGGGAGGCCUGGCGCAUUUUCACCCCGCUGCUGCACCAGAUAGAGCGGGAGAAACCGCAGCCCAUCCCCUACAUCUACGGCAGCCGAGGCCCCCCCGAGGCGGAUGAGCUGAUGAAGCGAGUGGGUUUCCAGUAUGAGGGCACCUACAAGUGGGUAAACCCCCACAAGCUCUGAGCCCCAGCGCCACUCCCCUGCUCGUCCUCCCCACGUCGGGAGGACUCUGGGACCACAGGCUCGGCACCACCCUCGCCCCUCGCUGCCGCUCCUGUGC